AUGGCGGACGUUAUCUCGAAACUCGCCACGACCCUGGAAGAAUGGUCGAGUCAAGCCGGGGUCGCGAUGCCCCAGGACGCGCCUAUCGGAGCGCUUCCUUCGGAGGUUGUUUCUCAGAUCCUCUUGUACAGCGUUUCAACUCUCUCCGGACAAGCCGCGCUUCAUUUCAUCCUGUCUUCCAUCACCUUUGUGUGCGUCGACUGGCGCAACAUCGCGCUCAAUACCCCGCAGCUGUUCUCAUCCAUCGAUCUGGAUAUCUUUCGCGACCAGCCAGAUGUCUUCAGGUUUCUACUUGCGCACGCGGGCGCUGUUCCCCUGCAUCUCACUGCCGAUUCGGAAUGUGUCGAAAGGAUGGAAGUCGCAUCCUUGUUGGAGAAUUAUGCUUCGAGAUGGGCUUCCGUAGCACUGUGCACUUCUUCUGAGAACCUCGCAGAUCUCAGCCACCUGGAAUUUCCUUUGCUCAAAAACCUCAGCACCGUUCUCAACCCGCCCUGCGUAUAUCGCUGCGUCGAUUUCGUCGCCCAUGCACCGCAAUUGCGCAGAUUGAGCAUCUGUAGCCUAGUUCAAUGCGAUCGAGAAAGCGGAUAUCAUACGUCAUUCUUCCUCGACGUACUUCGACACUGCGCGCUGAGGCCCAGUGAGAAGUGCCCUAGGCCAGACAAUUCCACGCAAUGGCAGCCUAUAGUUUUCUAUGGAAAAGGAUGGAAAAGGAUGAAACGACGUCAUUCAUCGCUCCUUCCUCAUUCGAUCGUCAACGUGUCCCCUUCUCUCGAUCAAACUUGCUUUGCUUCGAACGGCGUCGACAAUGUCGGAUCCUCACUUCGAUUGAAUCAGUCAUUGCUUCUUCUACUUGUUGCUUUCGGUCGGUUAGGCUGCUUUCGGGAUGCAGAGGGGCGCGAGUAUCCGCCCGAUGGGACCACUCCGCCGACGCUUGCGACGUUCACCAUCGCUGACACAUACCAAGGUGAGCGACACGUCGACAGGCGCUGCGCAGGAGACGCGCUACAGUCUUCCAAAACUGAUGAUGUUUGCAGAUGUACUGGCGGUAGGUGCACGAAGGCCAUGUGA